CCCACAUUGUAUUCAACUCUUACACACGCAAGCAAUUGUGUUAAUGGCAACACAUAUCGAUAUAAUCCAAAAGCUUAAUGUAUAUCCAAGAUCUCAAAACCAAGACCAGAAGAAAUUAAUCACUCUCUCUCACUUAGACCGUCAAUGUCCUUUACUCAUGUACUUGAUUUUCUUCUACAAGAAGACCACAACUCGUGACUUUAACUCUGUCUUUUCCGAGCUGAAACUCGGGCUGGAAGAGACUAUGUCUGUUUGGUAUCCAGCCGCCGGCAGGUUGGGUUUGGAUGGAGGUGGCUGCAAGCUCAACCUCCGGUGUAAUGGGGCCGGUGCAGUCAUGGUGGAGGCGGUGGCGACAGGUGUCAAGUUGUCAGAGCUUGGUGACUUGACUCAGUACAAUGAGUUUUAUGAGACUUUGGUUUACAAGCCUUCCUUUGAUGGUGAUUUCUCUGCUAUGCCUCUUGUUGUUGGUCAAGUGACAAGAUUUGCAUGUGGAGGUUACUCAAUUGGAAUAGGUACAAGUCAUUCACUAUUUGAUGGCAUCUCCGCUUACGAAUUCCUUCAUGCGUGGGCUUACAACUCUCACAUUCACGACAAAUCCAAUGGUAAGAUUACUAAUUAUAAAAAGGAUAAUUUGGUCGUCAAACCGGUUCAUGAUCGAGGAAAUCUACUGGUUAACGGGGAUUCGAACCGGAGCCUCGGAGUAACCAAGGCUGCAGCCAUUUAUCAUCUGUACCAGCUGAUCAAACAAGCCAUGAUGUCCCAUCAGGGACAAAACCAUAGUUUCGAGUUAGCGGACUCUAGUUUUGUGAUCAAAACAUUCGACCUUAGUGGUGAAGCAAUAGAGACCAUGAUGAAGAAAUCACUAGAAGGGUUCUCGUGCUCCUCCUUUGAGUUUCUUGCUGCUCAUUUGUGGAAGGCAAGAACAAGAGCUUUAAGGUUGAGGAGAGACGCAAUGGUGUGUUUACAAUUCGCUGUGGACAUAAGGAAGAGGACAGUGCCACCGCUGCCAGAAGGAUAUUCCGGCAACGCCUACGUGCUUGCCUCCGUAGCAUCAACCGCCGGAGAACUACUCGAAGAGCUAACACUCGAGUCAAUAGUUAACAAGAUUAGAGAAGCCAAGAAGUCCAUUGACCAAGACUACAUCAAUGCAUACAUGGAAGCUCUUGGAAGUGGUGAGCAAAGAAAUGACGGUAAUCUCCCUCCUAUCAAAGAACUAACCCUAAUCUCCGACUGGUCAAAAAUGCCAUUUCACAACGUUGGCUUUGGCAACGGCGGUGAGCCGGCGGAUUACGUGGCACCACUGUGUCCUCCGGUGCCACAAGUUGCUUACUUCAUGAAGAACCCUAAUGAUGCUAAAGGAGUUAUUGUGAGGAUUGGUUUGGACCCACAAGACGUUAGUGAUUUUUCAAAUCAUUUCCUUGGUUUUUAGUAGGUUGAUGUGAUAAUUAAUCAGUAGAAUCUUUGUUAAUUACUACUUUGUGCUAAUAUAUAUAUGAUGAUGAUGGCUCCUCUAUAUAUGCAUGCGUGUGCGGUAAAGACACUUUGUUGUAAUUGGGUUAUGAUGGAUUUAUAAUGACAUCUCUAUGC